GAAGGAGCUUUCAGAGACCAAGGACCAUCUCCACUUCUUGCAGACUUUCUCAUCUCGCUGUGUCCUUCCUACUGAUGGAAGGACAUUGGAAGGAAGGAAUGGAAGGACACUGAGCUUCAAUGUCAUCGCUAUAUCUCAUCUAAGGACCUGAGAAAGGAGCUGUCAGGUCUGAAAAAGAGUCUGGAGAUGAUCAGCCGGUGGGUCAUCAUGACAAGGACUCCAUCAGACUUCUGUCCCCUCACACUGGACGUCAACACGGCAAACAGAUACCUCCAUCUGUCUGAAGGGAACAAGAAGGUGACAUGGGAGUGGACAAAAACUGAAUAUCCUGAUCAUCCUGAUAGAUUUGACAAGUGGUCUCAAGUUCUGUGCACAGAGGCUCUGACUGGGACUCGCUGUUACUGGGAGGUGGAGUGCAGUGGAGACUUCAUGGUGAUUGGAGUCGCAUAUAAAGGACUGGGCAGGAAAGGAUGGGACUGUGAGUGCGGCUUUGGACAGAACGACAAGUCCUGGUGUUUGUGGUGGUCUCUUUUCUGGUACUUUGUGCGUCAUAAUAACCAGUGGACUGUAAUCGGCGCCCCCCACAGCCCCAGAAUAGGUGUGUAUCUGGACUGGCCUGCUGGCUCUCUGUCAUUUUAUAGCAUCUUACACACUGAGAAAUACAAUCCCAGCACUUGCCACCUGCAGAAAUUCUCAGAAGACUCCUCCAUCAUUGGGUGCAUUAAAUAUGGAGACGAGUCAAAGCACAGGAGGCUUUUGAAGGACUUUAGCUUCUGGUGCUGGGAGAACCACCUGCUGAUCGAAUAUCAUCAGGACAAAAGAGUUGGUGGUGGACUUCUGGCAGGCCAAAGAGCCUUUGAGACCACUCGCUGUUCAGAGGGAGGACGUGCAUGUGGUGCAGAGCACAAAUACCUGUAG